UCGAACUAGGGUUUUGCAGCAAAUAAUAAAACUCUUAUUUUUCCCUCCAAAUCCCCCCCCACCUCAAAAAAAAAAAAACCCUCCUCUCUUCACUCUACUCUAACCGUGCAGAAUCAGUCAACGUCAAUGGCGUCGCGAUUCCAGGCGGUGGCGUUAGUGGCGUCGCCGUCGUAUCCAAACUCCAUUGCUUGGUCCGACGAUAACUUCAUCGCCGUCGCUUCCGCUCACCUCGUCACCAUUCUGAAUCCAGCAGUGCCUUAUGGACCAAGAGGUUUGAUCAGAGUUCCGACAUGUGAACCGUACCCAAUUGGUUGUGUUAAUAGGGAGGAUUUAUUCACUAACUGCAUGCUGCCCGCUGCAUUAUCUCGAGACCGUCGUCCAUGUGUUCGGUCAAUUUCAUGGUCCCCAAUUGGAAUGGCUCCAAAUUAUGGGUGCUUGCUUGCUGUCUGCACUGUAGAAGGGCGUGUUAAGAUUUACCGUCCACCUUUUUGUGAUUUUAGUGCUGAGUGGGUAGAGGUUGUGGAUAUAUCAGAUAGGCUAUAUGAUUAUCUUGCCAAAAUCAAUUUUGGGGAGUUGGAUAAUACCCCCUCUGAAUUCUCCCAUGGGCAACCAAUAAUCCAAGGAUGUGCUGAUGAGCGACCAAAAUCCUGUGCUAAUGACUUGCCAAACUCUGGCACAUUAAAGCAAUACAAGCGAAGGAAAGUGAAUGUUCCCACUUACAACAUUAAGGACUCGGAAACUUUUCAGGACCAGUUAUCAGAUCCUAUAAAUAGGGGGAGAACCACUGCUGGAUCUGACCAUGAAAAUAAAAUAGACAGGAGGAGGACAACUAAGGUCCUUGGGAACUGCACACUCCCACUCAUUACUGCAGAGAAAUAUGCUUCUCGCUGUGCCAUGUUAUCGUCUCUUGUUAUUGCCUGGUCACCAGUACUGUGGUUGCCAUCAAAAAUCUGUUCAGCUCCAGAAAAUGAUUCAUCCAAUGGAUUCUCUAUACUUGCAGUUGGAGGGAAGUCUGGUAAAAUCUCUGUCUGGAGAAUUAAUGUGCCACAAUACUACUCUAUUGAGCAUAGUAGGGUCCCUACUACUGUAACAUUUGUUGGACUUCUUCAAGCCCAUAAUUCAUGGGUCACAACAAUCAGUUUGGCAUUACUGGGUUCCAAGUCUAAUCCUCAGGUCUUAUUGGCUAGUGGGAGUUCUGAUGGGAGUGUGAGGAUCUGGAUUGGGAAGGGUGAGGAGUUGCUGGAGACAUCAGGGGCCAAUAAUGCUCCCUUUUCUCUGCUGAAGGAGGUUGUAUCUGUCAAUUGUGUCCCAAUUUCAGUACUAUCACUGGCGGUACCUGUUCAAACCAUGCACAAAAUGCUUUUAGCAGUUGGCAAAGGAUCUGGUUCAUUUGAAGUAUGGACAGCUGACAUAUCCAGCUCCAAAUUUGAUAAAGUUUGUUUAUAUGAUGCUCAUGACUGUGUUGUCACAGGUUUAGCUUGGGCUUUUGAUGGAUGUUGUUUGUACAGCUGUGGCCAGGAAAAUUAUGUCCGUGCUUGGGUUUUGCAUGGAAGUGCUCUUUGUGAAGUAUCGAUUCCUUCAAAUACUCCUGGUUUGAGGAGCUCAAAUGAUCUUCCAAAUGUUUUUGUUUCAUGCCUUGGUGUGGCAGCAUCCCCUGGAAAUAUUGCGCUUGCAAUGGUUCGUAAUGUAGAUGGUGAUUCGUUGGAUCCCAUGUAUGAGGGAAGGCUUCAGAAGGCUGUCGUUGAGUUCCUCUGGAUAGGUGGACAACAGAAGGAUAUACUGUCUCCUUCUUCCUCUGAUUUCACUAGCGAAGCCUUUCUUGGUUUUUCUGCAAAUGAAUUGAAUUAUUGGGAAUCUGAUAUUCUAUGGUAUUUAACGAAAUAUGAAAAUCUGGAUAACCCUCUAGUUGUUUGGGAUAUAGUGGCAGCAUUGUUGGCUUUCAAGCAGUCUGCACCAAAGUACAUGGACCGUAUACUGGUUAAGUGGCUUUCUGUGACAUUUCUGGGUUCAUACACAGGCCUUUCCAUUGGCGACGUUCUGACAUGCAUCCCGGAGAAUUUCUCAAAGAUAACAUCUCGACAAUUGCACCUCCUUAAUAUCAUCUGUAGACGUGUAAUGCUAUCUGAUGUGAAGGCUGAAGAAAUUAAUUGUAAAGUGAACUUAGGAGGUUCAGCAGCUGCCAAAGCGGAGCAUCUCACUUUGUGGAUAGAGCUUCUUUUUAGCAGUGAAAAAGAACUUCGUGAAAGGCUUGUGGGUUUCAGUUUGGCUACUUUUAUAAAUCGUUUGUCUGAUUCAACCACAACGUUUUCCCGACCUGGAUUUUGGUAUCCUGUUGGAGUAGAACAAAUGGAGCUGUGGAUUGCACUUAAUCAUGAUCGUGUUAGGGAUCAACUAAAAGUCCUCGCAUCAGAAGUCAGAAAGCGUGAAAGAAGGCUUCAGUCAAGUGAAUAUGGAGUUGAAGAGCAAUGCAUCUAUUGUUCAGAGUCAGUUACUUUUGAUUCUCCAGAAGUUGCACAUUGCCACUGCUCUAACAGUACUGACGAAACUGUUCAGAUCUACCAAAUGGCAAGAUGUGCUGUUUCCAUGCAGGUUUGCCCAGCUAUCCCUCUAUGGUUUUGCAAGUGUUGUUGUAGACGAGCUUCCAAAUUGCCACCGGAGACUCUCUUUACAUUGCCUGGUUAUCCUUUAGAUUUCAAAUCCUUGACAGAAUCUUCUGUUAAAGAAAUCCCCACUAAACCCUUGUGUCCCUUUUGUGGGAUACCUCUCCAAAGAUUACAGCCAGAUUUUCUACUCUCACCUUCACCAGUAUAAGCUUCCAUUCAUCAUAUAUUUAUGACAUCAUACAUGAUGAGUAGUUUGUUUUACAAGCUAGAAAAGCAAGAAGCUAACGGAACUCUGAGCAUUUAGGUUUACCAGGACUAGGAAGAAAUCUGAAGUGAAGAGUUUGUUGUGCAAUAUAGAAUGAUAGGAAUUUAACAUGAAAAACUAGAAAGAAAUUUUGAGGCUAACAAUUUGGUGCUGUAAUAUCAUGGUCAUUGUGUAUGUUUUGGAAAUACUCGAGUAUAUACAGUAAUGUAUUAUUGGCAGGAUAUGUCAAAAAGCAAUAAUGUAUAGCUUAAUUUGUUUUUUUCCCUA